GGAGUCACAUCGAAGUCGGCGUGAGCGAUCGCAGUCUGAGCGGCGCGGUAGCGAGCAUAAGCGAGACAGAACUUGCAGAUCAAAAACGCGGCGUUCGCAUGCAAAUCGAAAAAGGUAUUCAAGUCGAUCGAGAAGUCGAGCAUCACGUAUGACAAACAAAUAUAACAGUGACCGUAGCGUAAUACGAUCUAGAUCGCGAGUACGAUAUUCUCGAUCGACUGAACGUUCAAUAUUGAAGUCACGCAGCACGAGACGUUCUGCGUCACGUCGAUUUAACUAUUCGAGAUCAGUUCUAUACUCGCGUGGUAGAAGUUAUUCUAGAUGUAAACGUAAUAGUAAUAAAGAGCAUCACAUGCGUUCUAAAUGUAAUAUGCAAAAUAGACGUUCAUAUCCUAUGCCUAAAAUUGAUUGUACUUCACGGGUGCCAAAUCCAGUUCCAGAGAACAAAUCACAGCUAGAUAAAAAUAAUACGAGUUUCAAUGAAAGUGAAAAGGUUGCAGUUACUGGAACGGGAUCAAUGGCAGCUGUGUCGGCUAAUGAGAGUGAUCAAUGUUCUUCUUUGACAAACAACCAGUUGUUAGAAACCCUUAACAAAACAUUGCAAACUAUGACAACUGUCGCAUCUAUGUCACAUUCUAAAGGAAAAUUUACUAAUCUAAACGUUGUACCAGAGUUUGACCCAAAUGUUAAGCACCAAACCAUAAUUAACUGGCUCAAUAAAGUCAAAGAAUGUGCGGAGAUAUACGGUUGGAAUAGUCAACAAACUGCACAUUACGCUCUCCCAAAACUUACCGGUACUGCAAAGCGAUGGUACGAAGGGCAACCAACCGUUUUACAUUCAUGGGAAAUUUGGGAAGAGAAGUUGAAAUUAGCCUUUCCGUCUAAUGAGAACUAUGGACACUUAAUAAAUGAGAUGAUAAAUAUAACAGCUAAGUUUGGUGAUAAUUUAGAAGAAUAUUUUUACGAGAAGUUAAAUGCACUUAAUCGUUGCCUGAUCACAAAUAGAAAUGCCGUAGAUUGUAUUGUUUAUGGUAUAGAGGACAGGUCAGUUAGAUAUGGUUGUGAGGCGGCCAGCUUCGAUACUACUGACAAAUUGUUAGGUUAUCUUAAAACUGUCAAGCACGAACGUAAUACUAAAUUUAUUAAACGAAAUUGUCUAAAAACAAGUGUAGAUUUAACACGGAAAAAUCAAAAAUCUCUUUUGAAAUGUUUCAACUGUAAUGAAACGGGUCAUACUAUACCUCUUUGUAAGAAACCAAAAAUAAAAUGCCAGAAAUGUCUACGUUAUGGUCACGAUGAUCCAAGUUGUUCAUUAGAAAUUUUAAAGAAAUUUAAGGUUUUGGACGUUAAAACAUUAUGACUGAGUC